UGAAGGCAGCACGUGUUUUGCGCAGCAGUCAGCUGACUGGCCUGUCAUGUGGCGUUUACAGGCAGAGGAGAUCCCUCGGACAGAGAGUGAGAAUAACAACCUGGGUCUCUUCAAACAAAAAAAGCAGCUUGGUGGUCGUCUGUUCCUGGUUUGUUUGUCCCGUUCGCACGUCCAGCAUGGCUUGGACAAAAUACCAGCUUUUCCUUGCGGGACUUAUGCUCACGACGGGCUCAAUCAACACAUUAUCUGCAAAAUGGGCUGAUAUGUUCACAGCGAAGGGUUGCCAUGAUGACCCUGACCAUGGAUUCUCCCACCCAUUUGUCCAGGCAGUGGGUAUGUUCCUGGGGGAGUUCAGCUGUCUUGCAGUCUUCUACAUCUUGCUUUGCCAUGACAGACGUAGACCGGAGCCCAAGAUGAACCCAGGCCAGAGCUUCAACCCUCUCCUCUUCUUAGCUCCUGCCAUGUGUGACAUGACGGCCACCUCCAUCAUGUAUGUUGCCCUGAGUAUGACGAGUGCCUCCAGCUUCCAGAUGCUGCGUGGAGCUGUUAUCAUCUUCACAGGUCUGCUUUCUGUGGCUUUUCUGGGGCGUCGCCUGUUAGUCAGCCAGUGGAUCGGCAUCCUCAUCACCAUCCUGGGCCUGGUGAUAGUGGGCCUCGCCGACUUCUUCAGCGGCCACAACGGCGAUUCGCACCAACUCAGUGACAUCAUCACAGGAGACCUUCUGAUCAUCAUGGCUCAGGUCAUUGUUUCAGUGCAGAUGGUCCUGGAAGAAAAGUUUGUCUACAAACACGACGUCCAUCCUCUUCGUGCAGUUGGUACUGAAGGUUUCUUUGGUUUCUUCGUCCUGUCGUUGCUGCUCAUCCCCAUGUAUUUCAUUCCUGUGGGCGACUUCAGCGGCAACCCUCGACAGGUGCUGGAGGACGCGCUGGACGCCUUCUGUCAGAUCGGACACCAGCCUCUCAUCCUGUUGGCGCUGCUGGGCAACACGGUCAGCAUCGCCUUCUUCAACUUCGCAGGGAUCAGCGUCACCAAAGAGAUCAGCGCCACCACCCGCAUGGUGCUGGACAGCCUGCGUACGCUGGUCAUAUGGGUGGUGAGCCUGGCGCUGCGCUGGGAGCAAUUUCACGGCCUGCAGGUCCUGGGCUUCUUGGUCCUGCUGCUGGGCACGGCGCUCUACAACGGACUGCACCGCCCCCUGCUGGUCAGGUUACCGUGCUGCGCCGGCAUGGUGGAGGCAGAAGAAGAGAGCAGCGCAGGAGAAAGAGAGAGACUGCUGAACGACGGCAGGGUGCAGGCCGAUGACGAGAGCUAAAACUUUAUGGUCGACACACUCAGCACAGACGGCAACCCAGUGUACUGGACUGUCACUCAAAGACACUGCACCUUUCAGGAAUGCUGUCUGUUUUUAAAUAGUUGUUGUUGUUGUUGUUCACAUCUCAGAUUUCAACUGACCUCACACAAUUUUUUCACAUGACAGUGUGGAAGUUUUUUUUUUUUUUUUUUUUUUUUUUUUUAAUAGUUCAGCAUUUUAUGAAAAUGCACUUGUUCACUUUCUUGACAAGUGUUAGAUGAGAAGAUCGAUACCAUCAGAACGUGUCAUUUUAUUACAGGAUGUAACAAUUAUGUCACUAUGUUGGUGAGCUAAAGAGAGAGACAGAUUUUAUUACCCUUGGAUAAGACAGGCUGGCUGUUUCCGCCUGUGUCCAGUCUUUAUGCUAUGCUAAGCUAACCUGCUGGUGACUGUAACUUCAUACUUCCGGCACAUAAGAGAGGUAUCGGUCAUGUCAGCUAACUCUCAGCAAGACAGAAAAUAUGAACUUUUCCCUAAAUGUCAAACAAACAGAUGGUAGAGGGGCUGUCUGAUGGAGCUUUAAUAAGGUUUUUUUUAGGGAUUCCUUUGAUUUAGAGAUGAGUUUUUGUGUCUCUCAGAAACAAAACAAAAUAAUAUAUAGCCAACAUCAACAUUUGCUCCCUGACCCUCUCCUCUGUUUUUUAUUUUUAGAAAUAGAACUUGAACUGAAUAAUUUUUUUGUGUUUUUACAGCUGUAUCACUAAAGCAAAGGUUUAUAAAAAAAAAAAAAAAAAAGCGACAAGAUCAGAUGUUUUAUGCAGAUUAUUUACAGUUGGCUUAUUGUCUGUACAAAUUGUCCUGUAUGCAAGUUUUUAUGUCUGAUCUGUUUUAAGAAUGAGUUUUAUUUUUUUAAAUGUUGCUGACUGUGCAGUAUGACUGUUUCCAGUGUGCAGAUUGUACACUGAAUGCCAAUUCACUGCAGAGGCACUACAGAGAUAGGUCUUGUAAUCAAACUGCAGAGCCACUUUGUUACUUGAUCUCAGUUUAGUUGAUACAGAAUCAAGUGUAUGCAGGGAAGCAGUUUGAAAGGAAUAUGUCUGUAUAUUUGCUCUCAGGCCCUGACAUGUAUCAGAAAGUCAGAGCUCCUACACCACGUGAUCUGCACUUGAAUUGUAAAUCCUGCUUCUCCUUCUCUUUUGAGUUAUCUAAGGCACUGGCUGUAACGUACAGUAAGAAAAAAAAAAGGGAACUGUCAUUAAAUCACACUUGUUGAA